AUGAUAGCAUCGGAGACUAAGGAAGAUGAAACACUACAGCAAGUGAUGCAUUUUGUGCAACAUGCCUGGCCAGAUAAGAAAUCGUUUACCGGCGCCUCUGACGUGCAACAGUUUUUCGCGCGUCGAGAGUCGCUAUUUGUCGCACAGAAAGUAUUGAUGUAUGGCGAGCGGAUCGUAAUCCCCCGCAAACUGCAGAAGAAGGUUCUACAACAACUCCACAAGGGACAUCCAAGAAUAGACCGAAUGCGCUUACUGGCCAGAAACUAUGUCUACUGGCCAAAUAUCGACGACCAGAUCGCAGAGCUAGUACGUUCCUGUUCACCAUGCUCUUCGGUUGCCAAAGUGGAUACCAAAACCAAACUUCAAUCCUGGCCGAUCCCCGAGGUUUGGCAAAGAGUCCACAUAGAUUUUGCAGGACCAAUCAACGACACGUACUACCUACUACUGGUGGACUCUCUCUCCAAGUGGCCGGAAAUUGUCCCAACGAAGCGCAUCACCUCUUCCGCCACCAUCACCAUUCUGCGCCAAAUCUUCGCCCGUUUCGGAAUGCCUGAAGUUCUCGUUUCCGACAACGGGACUCAACUGACCAGUGACCAGUUCGAACGAUUCUGUGAGGCCAACGGAAUCUUGCAUUUGAAAACCGCACCUUUUCAUCCCCAAAGCAACGGGCAGGUGGAAAGAUUCGUCGACACCUUCAAGAGGACAAUCAAGAAAAUUCAAGCGGGAGGAGAAGAACUGGAUGCAGCACUGGACACUUUCCUCAGUUGCUACAGAUCGACACCAUGCCGGAGCGCACCUGAGGGAAAAUCGCCAGCAGAAAUUCUCCUUGGUAGACCGUUGCGCACUUCGCUGGAACUUCUUCGACCACCAAGCCGAUUCUACAAAAAAGUUAACUCCAAGCAAGACCAGCAAUUCAACGAAAAGCACGGAGCUAAAGACAAAAACUUCAGCAUCAAGGAAAAUGUCUUCGCUCAAAUAUUUCACGGUAAUAACUGGCAAUGGGUUGCUGGUGAGGUUGUGGAGCGCAUUGGCAACGUGAUGUAUAACGUGUGGCUUCCGGAACGGCAAAAAUUAAUACGAUCGCAUAGCAACCAGAUGCGUAAGCGGCACACCAACGAAAUCACAAAUCAAGCCCAUUCAUCGAUUCCUUUGGACAUUCUUCUAAACACUUGGGGUCUCAAUCAAACAGAUCCUAAUGUCCCUGAAGCUGAACAAGCCCACGUUGAAUCUGAAAAUGCGAUCCGAUUCCAGCAAGAAUUCCUUCGAGAGGUCCUGGCUCCUGAACAACCAUCGUCAAGACAUCCGGUAAGGGUACCGGAACCGGAGGAGUUGAUUCGUCGAUCAUCUAGGCAGCGUCGAUUGCCGGUCCGUUUUGAACCCUACAGGAUUUACUAA